GGAAGUAGUGAUGACUUAUGCUAUGAGACGGGCGUUAACUUCGAGAAGGAGUCUGUGGUCGAGAGCCAGGAAUCGCCGCAAUCGCCGGUCUCUCCCCGAACCGGUCAACGCGUGCGCAGAGAGCGGACACUAUCGCUGUCAAAGUCGGCGAAGUCGGCCACAAAGACGGACACAGUAUUGCGGACCAGACAGAGGACUAUCUACACGUCAGGCCGUCCGCCCUGGUAUGACACUCACGGCCAGUCCAUCGAGUGCUUUGUCAUCGGAAUAUGUGGCGGAAGUGCUUCGGGGAAGACAACAGUCUCUCAAAAGAUAAUCGAGGCGUUGGACGUGCCGUGGGUUACACUUCUCAAUCUCGACAGCUUUUAUAAAGUAUUAAACGAAGAUCAGCACCGGUUGGCGCAUAAUAAUGAGUACAACUUCGAUCACCCGGAGUCCUUUGACUUCGACCUAUUCAUUGAGACCUUACGUAAGCUGAAGGAAGGAAAACGAGUUGAGGUUCCCAUCUAUAACUUUGUCACACAUUCUCGAGAGAAACAGACUAAGACUAUGUACGGCGCGAAUGUCAUCAUAUGUGAUGGAAUACUGAUAUUCGCCAACAAGACAUUGGUUGAUAUGAUGGAUAUGAAGGUGUUUAUAGACACCGACUCAGACAUACGACUGGCCAGACGUCUGCGUCGCGAUAUCACCGAAAGGGGCAGAGAUCUGGAGGGUGUCAUCAAACAGUACGACCAAUUCGUGAAACCCAUGUUUGACUUCUAUAUCCUUCCGUCGAUGAUUCACGCGGACCUCAUUAUCCCACGAGGGGGCGAGAAUCAGGUGGCCAUUGACCUCAUCGUACAGCACGUCCACACACAGCUCCAGUCCAAGGGACUCAAACUCAGAUCCAAAUUGAUUAAAAUACAUAUCGAUCAACCCCUCCCCCGAUCACUCAAACAACUACCCCUUACGCCACAAAUCAAGGGAAUGCAUACUUUUAUCCGAAAUCGGGAGACAACGAGAGAUGACUUCAUUUUUUAUUCAAAACGAUUGAUGCGUUCGUUGAUUGAGUUCGCGCUCUCGUUAUUGCCGUUCAAAGACGUAAUCGUGGAAACGCCGCAAAACGUCAAUUAUAACGGAAAGCGAAUCAACUGCCAGAAGAUCUGUGGAGUGUCUAUA